AUGGGCAAGGAGUUAAUCUCUCAGGAUGCCUCUCUCCCGCCGAAAGGCCCGGAUCUCUCUCGCAUUCGAUCCUAUCGACCAUUGUUUCCCCGGCUUGCUCAACGGGUUUCCCUCAUUAUUGUCGCUCUAUGCUACACUUUGUAUCACUUCCAGCCUUGGAAUGGAUCAACACUCUCACGAAGUCCUCAACUGUUUUGGGACAAUCAUACCUUUGUGCCUUCUUCCGCAAUUAGAUCUACAGGCUUGACGGACGACAUUCAGUGGGAUGGAUAUAGUUUGUUCAUCCGCGGGCAGAGGGUGGUUCUCUGGGGUGGGGAGAUCCAUCCAUGGCGCGCUCCAAAUCCUCAACUCCACCUCGAUCUCCUCCAACGUAUCAAAGCCUUAGGCUUCAACUCAAUAUCUAUUUACACCUUCUGGGGCCUCAAUAAUCCUUCGCAAGGGGUACUGGACUUCGAGGGUUGGAAAGGAUUCGAGCCUUUUUUAAUGAUGGCGAGGGAGGUGGGGCUAUGGGUCGUUGCUAGACCAGGACCAUAUAUUAACGCCGAGGUAACAGGAGGAGGUAUACCUGCAUGGGUCGCAUCUUCCCCCGAUGUCAAGUUGCGAACAAAUGAUACGGUUUAUACCGAAGCGUACCUCGACUACUGGCUGGCGGUAGGGGAGAUCUUUGCCAAGCAUCAAAUCACCAACAAUGGGUCUAUCAUUGGUGUGCAAAUCGAGAAUGGCAAGUUCACUCUCCCACCCUACAGCUUUCAGUAUGUCCUGGAUGACGAAGGAACACUCGAUCUGGCACAUAUUGGUCAUUUGGAGAAGACGAUGAGGGAUGUGGGGAUUGUUGUGCCCUUGACUUUUAAUGAUGUCGCACCUAAGAAACGAUUAUUCGAAGGACCAAGUGCAGUUGAUAUAUAUGGUCUGGACAGCUACCCAGCCGUUCGAGAGUGUUCCAAAAUCGGAGAAUGGAAUCCCGUCAGGCAGUAUCGAGAGUAUAUGGAGAGUACGUCCGGUAAAGUCGGAACCCCAUACUACAUUCCUGAGAUGCAAGCCGGAUGGAUACCAUUGAUAAAUACAAAGGGCUACCAACAAUGCUUGACCUCGUAUGAUUCGGAUUUUGAGAGGGUAUUCUACCUAAAUAAUCUCGCCAAUGGUAUCAAGCUGCACAAUAUCUAUAUGGUUUACGGAGGUGUGAACUACGGUCAUUCAGCUUUUCCAGUUGGCAUAACAUCCUAUGAUUACUGGGCACCUAUAAGUGAGGAUAGGUCGUUAAAGGAUAAGUACUAUGAACUGAAGUCGAUCUCACACUUUGUUCGCUCGUCUCGAGAUCUGCCAAAGACUUAUCCGGUCUCUACACUCGAAUACGGUACCUUGCAUGUUGAUAAACUCGUCAACCCCGAUACGCAAGGCACGUUCUACGUAGCUAGGCAUAUAGAUAGUACUUCUAGAGAGAAGAGCCGACAUUCCCUUACGGUCCAAGAUGAGGUAGGGAAGGUUGACCUGCCCGUUUACCUCAAUGGAAGGGAUUCAAGGAUUCUCUCUUCCAAUUAUUGCUGGGGCAAGACUUGUAUCCUUCACACGUCAGCAUCGAUUUUCACUUCUACCACGAUAGGUAACACCGACAUAUUGGUCCUGUACGCUCCUCAGGAUGAGGAACACCGACUAGCUUUUCCGCCUCACCAGCGUUUGAGCAUUGCCACAGACAAUACAUGCAACGUGAAGGAGGAGACUGAUGAGGAGAGGACGGUCCUGAAGUUCCAAGUUGGGCAGGGGGCAAGGGAUCUAGUGAGCAUUUUUGGGGGCAGGAGGAAGGUGGAGGUGAUACUUCUGGAUUCGAAAGAGGUCUCCUGGGCCUGGGAAGCGGUUGUGGAACCCGAACACCAGGAGCCUUAUGGUGCAUUCUACGGUUUUGGUCAUACUGAAAGUGUUUUAGUACUUGGACCAUACUUCCUUCGCUCUGCCAAAUCCUUGUCAAACACGAGCCUCUCUCUUCACGGGGAUUUGAACGCUACCACACUGGUCAACAUCACGUGUGAUCCGAAAUAUAAGACCAUAAGUUGGAACAACCAGACUCUCAACUUCGAGCGACACCGAUUGACCAAUGUUCGUGAAGGGAAAUGGUCAGCAGUUCUUCCUGGUCCUGAUACAAAGCUUGUCUUUCAGCAAACCGAGCAGAGGAUACAGGAAUGGAAGUAUAGAGAUGGCCUUCCUGAGGUUGAAGCGAGCUUCGAUGAUUCGACGUGGAAGAGUGCGGACAAGAAGGUCACAAAAAAUCCUUUUCAGCCUUAUGGUAAACAAGCAGGGUUUGGAGGGGAAUAUGUUUUAUAUGGGACGGAAUACCAAUACGGGGUGGGCAGUCUGAUGUUUAGGGGAGAAUUCCCGGGUGUAGAUGAAAUGAUGAAACAGCUGGAGCCCAGAGAGCGAAAGGAAAUGGCUCUGAAAGUCAGUCUAAUUUCUGGACCGGGGGGCGUUGGAACAUUUUGGUUGAACGGAGUCUACUUGGGCAGCGGGAUAGCUGACGUUGGCACAGGGGAGCAAGAAGUCAACUUGACGCUACCAAUGCCGCACGAUGUGAUACGACGAGGGAGGAAGAAUGUUGUUACUAUAGUGAUAGAUCCAGCCCCAUUGGAAGAAGCAGGAGCAUACACAGGCACUGCAGAGUCGAUUUCAGCACCUCGAGGUAUAAGAGGGUACUCACUAUUGGGAGGCAAUACCUCAGCUAUCGAAUGGAAGAUUCAAGGUAAUAUGGGUGGAUGGGAUCAGUUUCCAGACAAGGUCAGAGGGGUUUUCAAUGUUGGCGGUCUAUACGGGGAGCGGAAAGGCUGGAACUUGCCUGGAUAUAACGAUGAAGGAUGGGAAAAUCAGCACCUCCACGAGGAAAACCAGGUCACAGCAGACUUGGACGAGAUAAGAGGUAAUGGGGCUGGAAUAGGUUGGUGGAGGGGAAGGAUUGCAGUUGACUAUCCAGAAGGCCUGGAUCAACAUUAUUCUUUUGUUUUCCCGAGAAUUCUUUCGCCAGUCAGGGGUCACCUCUUUGUAAAUGGAUGGCAGCUUGGGCGAUUCUACGGUGAUCUUGGACCUCAAUAUCGCUUUCCCAUCCCACCGGGCAUUUUAUCCCAAGGGAACAAUACGAUAGCAAUCUCCCUUUUCGGGUACGAUGUAUCAGCAGAUCCCGAGAGAUUCAUCGAAGGGCUGAUAUUAGAGAUGGACAAGGUCGUCACUACAACUUGUCUGGAGCUGAGGGAGAUGAAUGUCGACAGUCCAAGUUGGGAAGAAGUAUUCCAGUCACAGACCUGA